AUGCCCCCCAGCCCGGCCGGCCGGCGGGACCCGGCGGGCGAGGCGCAAGCCGGGCGGGCUCCCGGGAGGAGGCGAAGGCGGAGCGGCCCCCAGCCCGGGGAGCAGCCCGCGGCGCGGAGGAGCCGGCGGGCGCAGCCGGACCCCCCGGACCCCCAGGACGGGCCCCGCGGGAGCCGGGCGCAGGGCAGGGGGGCGCCCAGGACCCGGGGGGUCGCCGCCGCCGCCCAGGACCUCAGCCUGCCCAGUACCUCCUUCGCCCUCACAGGGGACUCGGCGCAUAACCAAGCCAUGGUCCACUGGUCCGGCCACAACAGCAGCGUGAUACUUAUUCUGACAAAGCUCUACGACUUCAACUUGGGGAGUGUGACUGAGAGCUCGCUCUGGAGAUCAACAGACUAUGGAACAACCUAUGAGAAAUUAAAUGACAAAGUGGGCCUGAAGAGUGUCCUGAGCUAUCUUUACGUCAGCCCCACCAACAAGAAGAAGAUCAUGCUUCUCAGCGACCCAGAGAUUGAGAGUAGCAUUCUCAUCAGCUCCGAUGAAGGGGCCACCUAUCAAAAAUACCGACUUAACUUUGUCAUCCAGAGUCUACUCUUCCACCCCAAGCAAGAAGAUUGGAUCCUAGCUUACAGCCUGGACCAAAAGCUGUAUAGUUCCAUGGACUUUGGAAGAAGAUGGCACCUGAUGCAUGGCCGUAUCACCCCCAACAGGUUUUACUGGUCGGUCACGGGGUUAGACAAGGAUCCUGACUUGGUGCACAUGGAGGCCCGGACAGCUGAUGGAUAUGCUCACUAUCUCACCUGCCGCAUCCAAGAGUGCACGGAGACCCUCAGAAGUGGGCCAUUUGCUCGCUCCAUCGACGUCAGCUCUCUCGUUGUCCAAGACGAAUAUGUCUUCAUCCAGGUGACUACAGGUGGAAGAGCCAGCUACUAUGUGUCUUACAAAAGAGAGGCCUUCGCUCAAAUUAAGUUGCCCAAGUAUUCUCUGCCAAAGGACAUGCAUAUUAUCAGCACUGACGAGAACCAGGUAUUUGCGGCUGUCCAGGAGUGGAACCAGAACGAUACCUACAACCUCUACAUCUCAGAUACCCGAGGGGUCUACUUCACCCUGGCCCUGGAGAACGUCAAGAGCAGCCGGGGCCUGGAGGGGAACAUCAUCAUUGACCUCUAUGAGGUAGCAGGGAUAAAAGGGAUAUUCCUGGCCAACAAGAAGGUGGAUGACCAAGUGAAGACGUACAUAACCUACAACAAAGGCAGGGACUGGCGUCUGCUGCAGGCCCCAGACACCGACCUCAGAGGGAAUCUGGUGCACUGCCUGCUGCCAUUUUGCUCCUUACACCUGCAUUUGCAGAUCUCGGAGAAUCCAUACUCUUCGGGCAGUAUUUCAAGCAAGGACAGUGCUCCGGGUCUCGUGGUAGCCACAGGCAACAUUGGCACCGAGCUCUCAUACACUGACAUUGGCAUGUUCGUGUCCUCCGAUGGGGGAAACACGUGGAGACAGAUCUUUGAUGAAGAGUACAAUGUCUGGUUCCUAGACUGGGGUGGAGCCCUUGUGGCAAUGAAGCAUACCUCCAUGCCUGUCAGGCAUCUGUGGGUCAGUUUUGAUGAAGGAAAUUCCUGGAGUAAAUAUGGCUUCACAACGUCUCCGCUGUUUGUGGAUGGGUCCUUGGUGGAGCCAGGGGUGGAAACCCAGAUAAUGACAGUUUUCGGCCACUUCAGCCUCCGUUCUGAAUGGCAGCUGGUGAAAGUGGACUACAGAGCCAUCUUUAGCCGGAGGUGCAACAAAGAUGACUACCAGACCUGGCACCUACUCAAUCAGGGGGAGCCUUGUGUAAUGGGAGAGAGGAAGAUAUUCAAGAAACGCAAGCCCGGGGCCCAGUGUGCCCUGGGACGAGAUUACUCGGGCACCAUCGUCUCAGAGCCCUGUGUUUGUGCAGCCUGGGAUUUUGAAUGUGAUUACGGAUAUGAGAGGCACGGAGACAAUCAGUGUAUCCCAGCCUUCUGGUUCAACCCGUCUUCCCUUUCGAAGGACUGUAGCCUUGGCCAGAGCUACCUUAACAGUACCGGUUACCGGAGGAUCGUGUCGAACAACUGCACUGACGGGCUGAGGGAGAAAUACACGGCAAAAGCUCAGCAGUGCCCUGGGAAGGCUCCCCGGGGGCUGCACGUGGUGACCACGGAUGGGAGGUUGGUGGCCGAACAAGGUCACAAUGCCACGUUCAUCAUCCUCAUGGAGGAGGGUGAUCUUCAGAGGACGAACGUUCAGUUAGACUUUGGAGAUGGGAUCGCUGUUUCUUAUGCUAACUUCAGCCCGAUCGAGGAGGGCAUCAAACACGUGUACAAGAGCGCCGGGAUCUUUCAGGUGACAGCAUAUGCCGAAAACAACCUGGGCUCCGACACCGCCGUCCUCUUCCUGCACGUGGUCUGUCCUCUGGAACACGUCCAUCUCAGCGUUCCAUUUGUGGCCAUUCGGGAUAAGGAAGUCAAUGUGACCGCAGUGGUAUGGCCCAGUCAGCUGGGAACUCUCACCUACUUUUGGUGGUUUGGCAACAGCACUAAGCCGCUGAUCACCUUGGACAACAGCAUUUCCUUCACCUUCACCACAGAAGGCAUGAACACCAUCACGGUCCAGGUCUCGUCAGGGAACGCCCUCAUCCAGGACACCAAGGAGAUCGCAGUGCAUGAAUAUUUCCAGUCACAGCUCUUGUCAUUUUCUCCAAAUCUGGAUUUCCACAAUCCUGACAUCCCUGAGUGGAGGCAAGAUGUUGGCAGAGUCAUCAAGCAAGCACUGACCAAGGUGACCAGCAUUCCCGAAGACCAGAUUUUAGUUGCAGUGUUUCCUGGCCUUCCCACUUCAGCUGAACUCUUCAUCUUGCCUGUCAAAAACUUGACAGAGAGGAGGAAAGGAAGCGAAGCUGACCUGGAGCAGGUUGUAGAGGUCCUGUUUAAUGCUCUGAACCAGAACUUGGUUCAGUUUGAGCUGAGGCCUGGCGUCCAAGUCAUUGUAUACGUCACUCAACUGACAUUAGCCCCUCUCGUGGAUGCCAGCACGGGCCACAGCAGCUCAGCGAUGUUGAUGCUCUUAUCCGUGGUGUUCGUGGGUUUGGCAGUCUUUCUGAUCUACAAGUUUAAAAGGAAAAUCCCAUGGAUUAACAUUUAUGCCCAAGUCCAACAUGACAAGGAGCAGGAGAUGAUCGGAUCUGUCAGCCAAAGUGAAAAUGCCCCCAAAAUCACCCUCAGUGACUUCACAGAUCCAGAGGAGCUGCUGGACAAAGAGCUGGACACCCGGGUUAUAGGAAGCAUCGCCACUAUUGCCAACAGUGAAAGCACAAAGGAAAUCCCCAACUGCACUAGUGUUUAGAACUGAGAAGCCACUUGGUCUGAAAUCUUUCUGACUUUUAAUUUUUAACAAUUAUUGUUAUUAUUAUGAGAAAGGAAAAACACGUCCUUUUUUAUCUUUUGUUUACCAGGGCCCCCUUCAUAAAUGGUAGGUAGAAAAUUGGCUUUGGAGAAAGACAUUCUGAUCAGAGGAAACAAAAAUCACUGUAUAUGUGCUAAGGGGAAAGCCUGUUUUCCCCAGAACUGUUGUUUUAUUCUGCCAGUGGCAGCUCAAGAUGCAGGACUUUCUACGUCCUCCCACUGUCUUUACCUUCUUUUUUUAAAAUACAAAUUCUCCCAUAGGUAAACAACAAGAACCAUUUUGGAUACACAGAGUGUGGGUUUUGGGGGUGGGGGUCGGUGACAACUCCUGAGAGCAGGGGCCUGUUUAGGAAAGGGGCCCUCCCCGGUGCAUGGUGAGCCUGAGGAGACAGAUGGUGGAUUGUAGAUAAUUACAAUGUAAAUAGCCUUUUUAUUUCUUGGGAAAUAAUUUAAUGUUUAGUAAAAGGAAAAGAAAUUCAUGUGCACAUACGUUCACACUGACACGCGUACACACGUACACACACACACACACACACACCGAAUUGACCUACCAGCCAGAAACCUGUUUGAGAUCUACAGGUCCUGGAUCUAUUUCAGUUGUCUGCCAUAGUUAACCCUUUCUCUUUUGGGUCCACAUUGUGUCUGCUUUCUAUUUAGGUAAUGAAGGACCUUGGAAUAUUUUCAAAAGGUGGAAAGUAAUGGAUGAUUUCAUAAUGCACUUUAAUUCUGCCUUUGCCUGGAACACUCAUGGGAUUAGAGCUUCACCCUCUGCCCGCAGCUCUAGACAUGAAUCGCAGCGAGGAUGACAGAGCUGGGAUGGCCAGGCCAGGUGGUGGAGGGGAGCCCCUAUGCAUUUUGGGCUCUGGUGAUUAGUGGGGAGGGUUCUGGGAUGUUCUUGGUCGGCAUUACCCAAUGCAAGCUCUCUGACAUUGGGCAGGCACAUCCGGCUACCCGUGGAACACCAAUCUUCAACCCGCAGAUGGGGGAUUGGGUUAGAACAGUGCUUGGCACAUAGGAAGUGCUUAACAAAUACCGUCAUCAUCAACAGCAUCAGAGGCUGAAGUUCUUUUGUUCUUGGGAUUUUCCAGGUAAAAUAGCGGGGCUUUCUCACUGAGGCCAAACAGAACAUUCCAAACUGUCACAAACCACAGAUCUCUUCAGGAAAGUUUUAAGGUGGGAAAAGGGGGUGUUUCCUCUCUUGAGGCACCAGAAAACAGCAUGGGUAUACAACAUGCUUUCCCAAAAUCCAGUAACUCAGCCCAGAAAAUAGCACUGAUCCUGUGCCUGGGGUCAGAGGGAAAUCAGGUUGCAGAACUUCAAUGGAAUUUACUCAGCUAGUUCUUAGGCCCUUCCUGGCAGGUUUUAUCUAUCUGUUAUGAGGAAUUACAGCAUGGGUUAGUUGUUAAAGAUCAGGCAAAUGCUUAUUUAGCCUAGAGAGAAAAGGAGCCUAGAGAGAAAAAGGAGCAGAAGGAAGGAGUGGCCAGAGGAACUAAGAAGGGAGAAUGGCAUUGAUAAAUGGGUGAAAGGCAGGUAAAAGGUCAGGCAGUGGCCAAACAGAACAUCUAGAUUUGAUUUUUUUUUUUUUUUGCAAAAAGAUCUAGUCAAAGGCAUCUACCUUCUUUAAAAUCAUGUACUUGUUUUUUCUCCCUCACUUGGGUUAAUGAGACUGUUUUGUGAAGGGUAACAGCUGGCAUGCCUUUUUUAUUUUCUCAUGAUUUAGCACUUACGAACCAGUUCUGUUAUUGGAGAGUGGUUUGACCCCAGGCUCGAUGCACCGUUUUUGUUUCUAGAGCCGCUUGGCAAAUGAUAUAGCAUUUAUAAGACCAAAUUUGGUGCCUAAAGCCUUUUUUGAGUCUGAGUGUUUUACCCUCUUGAAAGAGUAGGCAGAGAAAAUGAAAUAGAAAAGUCUGGUCAGAUGUUUGUCAGUUGACUUUAGUAAAGAAAGUUCUAACAUUUCCUCUAAAGAUUUUUAAGGGACUUUAAGGUUUCAGCCCUUGCUGUCUUGUUUUUAGGGUUAAAUUGGGCAGACAACUGCAAUACUUGUAUUAAACUCAAGAACACAAAUUGCAUGAGUCAUAUCUAUAUAUAUAUGCAGUAUAUAUACACAUAUAUACUGUUCUUGGUUUUAUUGUUCCAUUUGAAUAUUUCUACUGUAAAAAAAAAAAGGCAGUGGUUUUGAAAUUGUUGAAAAUAAAUGUAUUUUUGUACAUCAAAGUUA